AUGCCGAGGAGGCGGCGGCGGCGGCGGAGGAGGCGGCACACAGGAGAGGACAGCCCUGCUGCUGCUGCUGCUGCUGGCAGAAGAGGGGGGAAGUUUGACAAAUCGCCCCGGAGGAAGGAGGAGGGGAAGCCCCCCGAAGAGGAGUCGGCGGAGCCUCAGCCUGCGCUCUCCACUCCCCGGCUCCCGGCUCGGCGCUGGAGCGGCGGCGGCGGCGGCAACAGGCGAAGCUUGAAGGGAAACGAGAUGAUCGCAGUGUCACUCAAACUAGUCCGCAAAGAGGAGAGGGGCACCGUGCUCCCACCGCCUCCCGCCCCGGACGGCACCUUAACUCUUUGCGUAUCGCGCCGCCGGACCCCGGGCACAGCCACGGCGGCGGCUAAAGGGUCCGCCCGGGGCGGCGGUAGGGCGCCCCCCCCGCCGCCCUCCUCAGCAGCCCACAGCGGCGGAGGGGCUCUGCUUUGCCCGCCGGACGCCCCCGGGCAGGGCAUGGCAGGGCAGCCCGCUCCGCUCCCCGCCGGCAGCCCUUCCCUUUCCGCCCCCACGCACACCCGUUCCCCGCCGGAGUCCCCCCCUCCCAGCCAUCCCCGCCACAGCGGGGUAGGGGACCCUCCCGCCGCCCCCCGCCCCGGCGAGGGGGGCCUGGCCCCCCGCCCCCGCCGGUUGAGCCCCGUCCCCACGGAGCCCGGCCGCCCCGCGAGGUGACAGCGGCGGCGGCCCGGGCUCCCGCGCCGCCCGCCCGGCCCCACUCACCGGCGCGCCGGGCAGCUGGCCGCCCGCCGGCACACAUCCAGCCCUCCGGCUCCCACCUGG